GCAGAACGAAAAUGUGACGUCACAUUUCACGUGGCUCCACAGAGCGAAUCACGCGCUGAAAUGAACUGUUGUUUUUUGUCAGAAGCUUCGGAGGGUCGUUAAGUGUAGCAUCACUAUUAUUUUAUAUAGUAAACAUCAAACUGCAACUUUCUGAUGUCUGAGGACGUCUAUGAGAAGUUUCUCGCUCCAGAGGAGCCGUUUCCAUUGCUCUCACAAAGAGGAAACUUCAGUGAAGACGCAACACUAGAUGCCAGUGACUUUGGUUGUCAGUUGUCAUCAUGUCACCGAACAGAUCCUUUACAUCGCUUUCACAGUAGCAGGUGGAAUCUGACGUCAUGUGGUACCAGUGUGGCAAGUUCAGAAUGCAGUGAGGAGCUCUUCUCUUCUGUGUCAGUGGGAGAUCAAGAUGAGUGCUACUCUCUUCUGGAUGAUCAGGAGCUUGCGUCCUUUGACCUGUUUCCAGAGGGCAGCGUGUGCAGCGAUGUGUCAUCUUCUAUUAGCACAUACUGGGAUUGGUCAGACAGUGAAUUUGAGUGGCAGUUACCAGGCAGUGACAUAGCCAGUGGCAGUGAUGUUUUGUCUGACAUAAUUCCCAGUGUGCCCAGUUCACCUUGCCUCAUUUCCAAACGAAAAAGCAAGGUGCACAGGAAUCUGGAUGAGCUACCCUGGAGUGCAAUGACCAAUGAUGAACAGGUGGAAUAUAUUGAAUAUUUGAGUCGAAAAGUGAGCACAGAAAUGGGACUCCGGGAGCAGCUUGAUAUCAUAAAGAUAAUUGACCCAAGUGCACAGAUAUUGCCAACAGACAGUGAGUUCAUCAUCGAGCUGAACUGCCUCACAGAUGAAAAACUGAAACAGGUGAGGAGCUACAUCCGUGAGCACAGCCCGCGGCAGCGGGCCAGCGCGCUGCGUGAUUGCUGGCGGAGGAGCGUUGCAAGCACCAGUGCAGUUAGCGCUCACAGCAGCAGUAAUGCCAGCAUGGUGAGCAGUGCUAGCAGCAGUAGCUUGUCCACAGGAUCCAAUACGUCCACCAACAUCAGCCGUGCCCACAGCGAUGGGAACCUGGCCACUGCUGCUGAGCGCAUAAGAGACUCCAAGAAACGCUCUAAGCAGAGAAAAAUGCAGCAGAAGGCAUUACGCAAGCGGCAACUGAAAGAGCAGAGACAGGCUCGCAAGGAGAGGUUAAGCGGUCUUUUCUUAAAUGAAGAGAUCCUGUCACUCAGAGUCACAGAGGAAGAGGACCACUGUGAUGAUGUUGAAGUAUUGAUGUGACGAGAGUGAAUUACUCAGUGUUCCUUCUAAGCCUCCUUCGUUGAAGCAUUAGUUACUUGAUUCUCAUCUGUAACCACAUCCAGUGAUGAUAAUACAGCUAUUUGUUUUCCAGCAGCUGUGCCAACUCAUUGACAUACAAUGUCAAAAGCCCCCUGACCAAUUGGUUUCCUUGUUUACUUUGACAAAGGAGUAUUAAAGGGAUAGUUCGGCCAAAAACGAUAUUAAACCCAUGAUUUACUCACCCCCAAGCUGUCCAAGUUGCAUAUGUCCAUCGUUUUUCAGACAAACACAUUUUCGGAUAUUUGAGAAAAUAUUUUAGAUCUUUCAGUUGAUUAAAUGUAAUGUUACGGGGUCCAGCCAUAGUCCACGACCUUCAAAGGUAGUUAAUUACGUUAAUAAAAUUUUAAAUAUGGAUAUUUCUACAACAACACCGCACGGAUUACCCUCAGAAGACCUUUGUUUAUCAUCCUGGAGCCGUUUGGAUUUAAUUUGUGAAGGAUGGACGCACUUUUUUUGGACUUGAAGGUCGUGGACUAUGGCUGGACCCCGUAACAUUUCAUUUAAUCAACUGGAAGAUCUAAAAUAUUUUCUCAAAUAUCCGAAAAUGUGUUUGUCUGAAAAACGAUGGACAUAUGCAACUUGGACAGCUUGGGGGUGAGUAAAUCAUGGGUUUAAUAUCGUUUUUGGCCGAACUAUCCCUUUAAGAAGGUUUAUUGUAAAGUUAAUGGAUGAAAUAAACAUUUUGUGGAUAAUAGCAGUAUAAAACCUGACACUUUUUCUGGAAGGGUCAAAUUGAAAGUAAUUGUUUUAUCAAAGUUCUAAAAUAAUUGAAAAGGCAGGUUAAUGGAAGUCAAAAUAAUUGAUAAAAUCAUUUGCUUUAUAAAACACCACAGAUAUACUUGAAGUACAUGUUUGUACCUCAUCAAGCUGUCUCAAACCACAACAAAAUUUAAAUCUGCUAUACACUCCUUUAUUAAGUGACAUUUUAAUCUAAAAAUAAUUCAUUAAAUACAUUGAUAUGAUAAGAGGCAGCCUCAUGAAGCAGAAAAUUAUGUUAUUUAUUAAUUUAAUUUAAUUCUGACUGUGUUUGGCUGAAAGAAGAAAGUCAUAUACACCUUGAAUGGUUUGAGGGGGAGUAAAAUAUAUUGGCAAAUUUAAAUUUUGUUGUGAACUAUCAUUAUAUGUAAUUUUUUUUGCAUUUUUCAAGGAAUAUAAAAAAUCUAUGUUUGCGACAGAAAUAAUGUAAAAACUAAAACUUAGCCAAACUGAAUUUUAUACUUAAUUGAUUCUGGACUUAGAAUUUUUUUUCUAGAUGUGUUCGAGGAAUUGCCUGUGAAGCAAAAUUGUAAUUGACCUUUUUUUUUAUUAUUACAAGCACAUAUACUUUUCAAGAUAGUAUGUCAUUUAAUUUGGACCCAAAACCAUAAAAAUAAAUGUAUGUAAAAUACUAAGUUUAUAUUAAAAAGCUGAUUUACUUGAUUAAAAGAUGAAACCUCAAGAUACUUUUGUGUAAAAGCAGAGUUAUAUUUGAAAUGCAUAUCUGCAUUAUACUACAAACACAAAGAACAUGUUACUUAUAGCACUGAUGUGGUUACUUUUCUUGUACAAACCAAUUAAGCCAUCGCAAUAUAAAUGGUGUUUGAAAGCAUUGAAAGGGCUACAAGAAAAUCGUAUGCAUAUCUUUGUUAUAUGGUUACAUUUUCAUUUGUAACCAUACCAAAGGUAUCACUGGAAAUGUUUUCCUGUGUAGAUAACUUAUUGUCGAGUUGCUGUGUAAAACGAAGUACAUGUUGAACCCAGGCAUAGAGGGAACACUGACAGCUCAUUGCCUCUAUUGUGUAUGUACUAAAAUAUAUGUGAAUGAUCAAAUUGUGUUUUAAAACUUUUUGACAUUUAUAAUUGAUGUUAAACACUAAUGGUACAUCAUGAAUAUGAAUUUUGUUUGUUGACUUAAGAAUAUUGUUCAUGCUGUUGUUAAGUAGUGGUGAAUAGCUUUGAUAUUCCAGAUGUUCUAUUGAUUUGCCAUAAUGUGGUAAGUUAGAGAAUCCAAGUCUUUAUUUAAGACCUUUUAACUGUAUAAUUAACUUGCAUAUUUCAGGCAGUUAGGGACAGUUUGUUAAAGCAUACAAUAAAUACUUUGAUUUGGAAAUUUUCAUCAAAUGUGAAAAAAUGUGAGCUUUCAUAACUGUAUGAACCUGCUAAUUAUCCUGCUCUGCACAGUAUCAAUGCUUUGUGUAUAAUUUACAUAAUUUAGCCAAACCCAAAUAAAUAUAAUAAAUUUU